AUGGAUCCAGAUGGCAGAGUACAGUGCCCUUAUGACCCAAACCAUUUCAUAUCAGAAAAUCGAAUGCAGUACCACCUGGCACAGUGCAAAAAAAAAAACCCAAAGAAGGCAAAAAAAAUGGCUAGCUGCAAAUAUAAUGCUCGUCACGUGGUCCCAUGUGAAAACCUCCAGAAACAUGAGGCCAACUGUCAGGACAAAACUGGUGGGCAAGAGACUGCAGAGAGUGGGGGAGGGGCAGAGAGCCUCGCUCUCAUCCUCACUGAGCGGCUGGGAAGAGGGGGCGGGGAGAGAAAGCCAGCUCGCUACCGGAAGUGGGCUCCGCCCUAA